AAUCGUUAGUAGCAAGAAGAAAACACGGGUGGGUCAUGGGUUCGAGGGCCACGAAUGAUAAGGAUUAAAGUUCUCAUAAAGCAUACAGCUCGAGAUUUUAGUCUUAAUUACAAUGAUACCCGUGCGCGACACUGGAUAGAUGCCGUUUAUCAUUCGUGCGAGACUCUCUCCAUCCUCCACGAAUGAUAGCCUUUGAUUUCUUCCGAGCGGAAGGGCGAGAGAUGGAGAGAGUCGACUGAGCUCGGGGAGGAGAACGCCAUGGCGAUUUCCUGAGAUCGAAGAGCUCUCGGGGCCUUGAAGCAUUCGUCGCUGCCCACCUUCUCUUGUCCGAAGGGCAUGGAUUGAGAAUAACAAUGGUGGCAUUGUGGUUAUUGUGGAAGUCCAAUGUUUGUGUACUAUUUGUAGUUACAGGAGAUGAGCUCGCCACAACAACCAUAAACCUGGAUUCUGAUGGAUUCCUUCUUAAUGCAAUCAACAUGAGCUUGUUUAAGCGUUUGAACUUGGCCUGGAGGAUUCUGUUCCCUACACCUAGAGCAAGAAGAAAGUCUAAUGCCAAGAUUGCAAAGCAGAGGCUUAAAAUGAUUCUCUUCUCUGAUCGCUGUGCUGUCAGUGAUGAAGUAAAACAAAAGAUUGUGAGCAAUAUCGUUCAGGCUUUAUCAGAGUUUGUUGAGAUAGACUCCCAAGACAAAGUUCAGCUAAGCUUCUCAACUGAUUCGGACCUUGGUUCUGUUUACUCUGUCGCAAUUCCAGUCCGGCGUGUGAAGCCUGAGUACCAAGAAUCUGAUAAGGAUUUGAGGGCAAUGACGAGUAUAGAGUACAAAAACUCUGGAGAAGCUUCUGACUCCUUUGAUGUCCAGUUCGAUUUCUUCAUUCCAAAUGAGAAAUGACUACAAGGCCAUUUUGAGUUCCAUUUUCUUGUUUUGAUCCAUAUCUGUGGACAAUUACUACUCAGUUACCAUUUUUAUUAGAGUUAAAGUGGAAACAAUGUUUGUUAUUUCAUGAGUUGUUUUAAAUAUUUGAACCCUUUGGAACCAGCAGGUUAUAAAUAUGUCACGAGUUCGGAAGAUAACCACGGCAUUGGGUGA